CCCCCCCCAGGCCGCAGUCUGCCCUCCCCGCCCACAUUUCCGCGGGAUCGCGGGGCCUGGACGGGAAGAGGCAGAUGUUUGUCUUAGGGUUGUGGGGGUGGCCCCCGCCUCAGUUUCCCUACUUUUGCAAUGGCCCUUAGUAGAGGGGAAAGUGGGAAGGUUGGAGUCACCCUACCGCAUUAGGGAAACCUCACGGCUGGUCCAGAAUGGAAACACUUGAGCUCCUUUCUGCCUCAGUGGUGGACCGGCCCAUCUACUUCCCCCACCCCCGCGGGGUGCCUGGAGGAAGGGGGAGGCCCGAGAGGGGGCCGGCAGCCCUCAGGCUGUCGGGGGUGUAUCCUGCUAUCCGGGUCCAGAUGGAGCAGAGGAUGGGGCCGUGCGGGGUGACAUCAUCUGUAAGUGGGAUCUGACUCCAGCCCGGCCAUCUGGGCUGGGGGGGGCUGUGUUCAGUGCUCUGCCUCCCCUGUCCCUCCACCUCUGCUCCCCACCCUCCCCUGCUGCUGUGUGCAUGCCCAGGGCCAGCGGCCUCACCUGGAGGCCAAGCUGCUGCAUGGCUGAACUCCAGCCUCAAAGCUGCUUCUCCAAAGCAAAGCCUGAAGGGAGCAGCCCCAGGGCUCAGGCCAGUCCUGGGGUCUAGGCCAGGCCCCAGGUUCCACCUGCCUGCAGGGCUGCUGAGGAAAGGCAGGGUGUCAGGGCUUGGACAGGUCAGCUCUCCUCUGCAAAUGGGACAAGCCAGACAGUGCCCUAGGUCACAUGGCCAGCGUGCAGAGCUGGAGCCCACCGAGAGGAUGGGCCUCUUGCUUGGCUCAGAAGCCCCUCUCUCCCCUGGGCCCAGGACCUUCGGGCGAGGGCAAGCACCUGCUUGAGGAAAGCGCAGGUCCCCCAGCAUCAGCCCCUCAGGGGGAUCUGCUGUUCCUGCUGGACAGCUCAGCCAGUGUGUCCCACUACGAGUUCUCCCGGGUUCGGGAGUUUGUGGGGCAGCUGGUGGCUCCAAUGCCCCUGGGCCCUGGGGCCCUUCGUGCCAGCUUGGUGCAUGUGAGCACCCAGCCAUACACCGAGUUCCCGUUCGGCCAGCACAGCUCAGGAGAGGCUGUCCAGGAUGCCAUACGCACUGCGGCCCAGCGCAUGGGUGACACCAACACCGGCCUGGCACUGGCAUAUGCCAAGGAGCAGCUGUUUGCUGAAGCAGCAGGUGCCCGGCCAGGGGUGCCCAAGGUGCUGGUGUGGGUGACAGACGGUGGCUCCAGCGACCCCAUGGGGCCUCCCAUGCAGGAGCUCAAGGACAUGGGCGUCACCGUCUUCAUCGUCAGCACCGGCCGUGGCAACCUCCUGGAGCUGUCGGCGGCCGCCUCAGCCCCUGCUGAGAAGCACCUGCACUUUGUGGAUGUGGACGACCUGCACAUCAUCCUCCAGGAGCUAAGGGGCUCCAUUCUCGACGCCAUGCAGAUGCAGCAGCUCCGGGCCUCUGAGAUCACGUCCAGCAGCUUCCGCCUGUCCUGGCCACCCCUGCUGACCACCGACUCUGGCUACUACGUGCUGGAGCUGGUGCCCAGGGCCGAGGCCGGGACCCCGAGACGCCAGCAGCUGCCGGGCAACGCCACGGACUGGACCUGGACGGGCCUCGACCCCGACACUGACUACGACGUGGCGCUGGUGCCCGAGUCCAACGUGCACCUCGUGAGCCCCCAGCACCUGCGAGUGCGCACGCGUCCAGCCGAGCCGCCGCCGUCUGCGCUCCCGGCCACCCCCGCCCCUGAGGAGGAGGCGGGGCCGGCGCGCAUCGUCAUCUCGCACGUCCGGCCGCGCAGCCUGUGCGUGAGCUGGGCCCCGGCACCGGGCGCGCCCGCCGCGGUCGGCUACCACGUGCAGUUCGGGCCGCUGCGGGGCGGCGCUGCGCAGCGCGUGGACGUGCCCGCGGGCCGCAACAGCACCACGCUGCAGGGCCUGGCGCCCGGCACCGCCUACCUGGUGACCGUGACGGCCGUCUUCCGCUCCGGCCGCGAGAGCGCGCUGUCGGCCAAGGCCUGCACGCCCGACGGCCCCCGCGCGCCCCGACCCCUGCCGCCUGCCGCGGCGGCCCGGGGGCCGUGAGCCUUGCGCGCCCGCGUAGCCGAGGGGGCUGGAGCCGAAGCCAAGGUUUUGCCCCUGGGACGGGGUGCUGGCCUGUCCUUUGCCCCACGGGGUCUCUGCGGGGCCGCCCAGUCCUCUCCCUGCGGCCACAGGCUCCCGACGCCGCGCCUGCCUGCUCUGGCGGCAGCGCAUGCAGUGGCCACCCUCUCCCCUCCCCGCCCGGAGCCGGGCACCGGUGUGGGACUUUGGGCAGGAUGAGCCGGGAGAUGAACAAGGCGAGACCCCAAUGGAUGGGCGGCCAGACCUCCUGCUGUGUGAAAGGCCGUGCCUUCUGGUAGCAUGGGCUGGAGAGAUCUUGGUCCACCUGGUGGCCCUAAGCCCCCAGGGCCACUCAGAUCCUGGAUAUUGGUGGAAAGGGGCAGGACAGGUCUCCAAAGGCUGCCCGAGGGAAAGGAAGGGUAGAGAGGGAUGCGAAGAGGUGGAAGUGUUGCCAGGUGGUCUUCACCAGGACACCUGCUGGCCUGGAGGGCAGUGCCUGCUAGGGACUGUGGCCCUGCCUUCCUGCUCAGACCCCAGCUAGGCCAGGCUAGCAGCCACUAGCAUGCAGAGGGUGCCUUUGGGAGGAGCAGGACCAGAGCCUGGAACUCAGGGCCUUGAGGACAGGAGAGUCCAACACACAGGGACGGGCUCCCAGGCCAACACUCCUCUGCCUGGGGGACAGAGGGAGCAGGGACAAGGUUCCCCAGGGGGGUUCCCCUGUGGCUUUGCAGCAUGACACCAAGGGCUACCUCCUGGCACCACUCAUUAUCCUGGGCCGUCAGACAGGUUGCCAAGGGCAGGGUGCCUGGGCAUCCCUGGUCCCCAUCUGCCCCCAGAAUUGCCUGCAUCACUCAACACUCACGUCACCUCUCUUCCUCACUAACAUCCCAGACUUUAAAAUUCAGUAAACCAGAUGUAAACGAG